ACCAGUUGACUGUAUAAAAGCCGGUCAACUCCCACCGAUUGUCACUUCAAUACGCACUCUCAAACAUGGCGCACCAAUUCAAAGUUUUGACUCUGUUGGCGGUCUCCGUCUGCAUCGUCCACGGCGGCUUCGUCCUGGAGCCGAUCGGCAAGUCUUACUCGUACAUCUUCAGGCGCGACUUCGCCGGCAGCAGUGGCUUGGACAGCAGAGGAGGAUUUGGACGCUUCGGCGGCUCAGGCUUGGAGGGCGGCAGAUUCGGCCAGGAGUCUAGGAGGUUCGGACAAGAUAGCGGUCGAUUCGGACAGGAGGGUGGACAACAGGCUGAAAUCUCCAGACAAGACUCUGGACGUGCCGAACAGGAUGCUAGACGCUUCGGACAAGAAAGUGAUCGUGCUGGACAGGAAGCUAAUCGCUUCGGACAGGAGGCCGGACGUUUGGGACUGGAGGGUCAGCGUGCUGGGCAGGAAGCCGGACGCGUUGGACUGGAGGGUGAGCGUGCUGGACGCUUCGGACAAGAGGCUGGUCGCUUUGGACAGGAAGGCAACCGUGCUGGACAGGAGGCCGGACGUUUCGGACAAGAGACUAGUCGUGCCGGACAGGAAGGCAACCGUGCUGGACAGGAAGCAGGACGUUUCGGACUGGAGGGUCAGCGUGCUGGGCAGGAAGCCGGACGCGUUGGACUGGAGGGUGAGCGCGCUGGACGUUUCGGACAAGAGGCUGGUCGCUUUGGACAGGAAGGCAACCGUGCUGGACAGGAUGCAGGACGUUUUGGACUGGAGGGUCAGCGUGCUGGACGCGUCGGACAAGAGACUGAACGUUUCCGCCAGGAGGACAACCGUGCUGAACAGGAAGCAGGACGUUUCGGACAAGAUGCUGAGCGUGCUGGACGUCUCGGACAAGAGUCUGGUCGCGUCGGACAGGAAGGCAACCGUGCUGGACAGGAGACCGGACGUUUCGGACAGGAGUCUGAGCGUGCUGGGCAAGAAGCUGGACGAUUCGACCAAGGAGGUCUGCGCGGACAGGAAGGCGGACGUGCUAGCGCUCAGGAGGCCGGUCGUCUCGGACAGGAGGGUGCUCGCGGUGCUGAGGAAGGCUCUUUCUAUGCCAGAUUCGGCCUGAACUUUGGCAGGCAGGAGGGUCGCGGACAGGAGGUUGCUGAACGCCGCGGAGAAAACAACAGGCAGGAUGGCCGCCAAGAACAGGAAGUCAGGCGCCAGGGGGAGGAGACCGGACGUGUCGGACAGGAAGACAGACGCAGUGGUCAAGAACAGGAAGGAAGCCGCAACGAGCAGUUUAAUUUCGGCUCAAGAGGCCAGGAUGGUCUCAAUUUGGUCCGCAACUUUUUCGGUUACAACCGUUUUUACUAAUUUUGCAUUUUUAUAUACAUUUCAUUAAUUUAUUCAAUAAAUAAAUAAAUAACAUUUUUACUUAAAACAAUA